AUUAAAAAGAAUUUUGUCGAAAAACUUGACUUCAUGUUAAAAUUGUUCCAGAUGGGCAGUCUCCACAGUGAUGACCAGACAGAAUAAUAUCCAGCUUGAUGAUGCUGACGUCACCGCCUUCAUUCCGCUCUGGGAUAUGUGCAACCAUGAACAUGGCAAGAUAACAACGGACUACAACAAGGAGUUGGGUCGCGGGGAGUGCUACGCUCUACGAGACUUUAAGGCUGGCGAACAAAUCUUUAUAUUCUACGGAUCCAGACCAAAUGCCGACCUGUUCCUGCACAAUGGAUUAGUAUACCCAAACAACGAACACGAUAGUCUCUCUAUAUCUCUCGGCGUGAGCUCAAGCGACCCGCUCCGUGAGACGAAGCUGGCACUACUGACCAAGUUGGGUCUCGCCGGCGUCACGCACUUCAACUUGUAUCGGGGACCUAACCCAAUCAGCGCUGAGCUGUUAGCUUUCAUACGGAUAUUUAAUAUGAAUCAAGAGGAACUAACAAAAUGGUCCGGUCAAGGAUUGCCAGGGGAUUUAGUGUCUUCGGACCCGUCUAGUGCUGAAGCGGUGGGCGCAGACAUCGACCGCCGCGCCUACACGUACCUGCUGACACGGUGCAAGCUCAUCGUGGCCUCUUACAAGGAGACCGGAGGCGGCGACGAUAUUUCAUUGCAUAGGAAAAAUGUGCAGCUGUUAAAGAAAUGCGAAGUACAAAUGUUAGAGGGUGCCAUGAAGUAUCUAGAAGAGACUAUAAGUAAACUACCCACCGCUGCCGCUGAGGAGAAAUCAAAUAACUGAUUGGUGAAAAUGUCCAUACACCAUUAUCAAUAUUGAAGCACGUGUCACAACAAUCUAGUACUAUAACUCACCCUUUAAAGUACCUAUAGUAAAAUGCUAACUAAUUUAAGUUCGUAUUGAAAAAUGCAGAAAAUAAAAUCAAAUAAUUUUGGUCGAAUUCGACAGUCAAAUGACAAUCACAGUGUCUCUACUAUAUGUAUAGACUUUUAAAAAAUGCUGUAAAUAUAAUUAUGUUAAAUUUUAUUUUAUACUUGAUUUUACUACGGUAUUUUAUUUAUUAUCUUAUUCUAUCCAGCUCAAAACUAGACGAACUAGUGUUUAAAAAUUCUUCUAUAUGUCCUAAAAAUAUAAAUAUUUUGACUAAAAUUCAAUGGAUAUUUUCAUCAAAUGUACUGCAAAUAAGUAUAAGUGUAUUACUGCGAUCAAAUCAUGACAGUAUUUGUAUAUUUACGGCCACAAAUGAGCGUAGCUAUGCAAAAAUGUUUCAAAUAAUCAUUAAAAUUUGUUACAAAUCACAUAUUUGCUUGGGAAAUUCGAAGGAUCCAGAAGGGUCUUCACAGAAAACUGGCGUAAAACAACGCUGUCAGCGCGGAGACCGCGCGGUUACAACCUUUUUGUAUUGACAUUAUAAAAUAUAUCAUACGACAUAAGAUUUAAUGUUCAAAUUUAAAUAACAAGUUGCUGAAUUGGAGCACUGCCAUAAAAGUGUAACAUGUCUUUCAUUGAUACUUUUAUAGAGAUUUUUAUUUUAGAAAUUAAUUUUACUUAUGUAUUAAAAUUAUACUUGAGAAUAAAAAAAACAUUGGACCUCGUUCUCCAAUGGAACAUUUUUGCGUAACUACGUUCAAGUACCUACGACAUUUUUUUUAUAUAUUAGAUUUAUUUACUUAAAUACUUUUAGUUACAACGAAUUUCAAUCACUGGGAUUUUUUGUUAUAUUGUUUGUGUGUUUAUCAUUGUUUUUUAGUUGUAAUGUACUUACUUUUUGUGUGCAAUUAUUAUUUUAAUAUACUUAAUAUUGUGUUCUUACAAA